CCGCGCCUGGAUUCCUCCUCGGAGCCCGCUGGCCGGAGCAAGAACGCCCGCCGCCUUCGCGCCUGAUCCCGCCGCGGCCAAGCUGAGCGGGGUCUCCCGCGGGGGCCUUCUCUGAAGCCAAGCGCGCCCCCCAUACAGACCCUCAAGAACACCGGCCGUUCUCCCCCCGUCGGCCCCGGAGCGGCGGCAUAAAAGGGGCUUGGGCUCACACACACACACGCACACACACACACAGAGUUUUAAUUCCCACCCCGCUCCCCGCACCCGCCGCUGCCGUCGUCAUGUCCCCGGGGAGGGGGCUCCUGCCUUACCCCGCCGCUGCCUACCUCUGCGUCCUCUCCUCUUUCUUCCACGGUGUGCGAGGUCUUAAUAUUUGCACAAGUGGCAGUGCCACCUCCUGUGAAGAAUGCUUGCUGGUUCAUCCCAAAUGCGCUUGGUGCUUUCAAGAGGAAUUUAUCAACACAAAAUCAGUCAUUUCAAGGUGUGACUUCAUUGAAAAUCUUAUUGCCGGUGGUUGUGCGGGGAACUAUGAGACUACAGAAACUAGCACCAACAUAGUGAAGAGCCUUCCCUUGAGCAGUAAGGGCUCUAGUGGAGCUAAUUCAGAUGUGAUCCAGAUAAUGCCUCAAAAGAUCUUAUUGAAUCUGCGGCCUGGUGACCCAGCCUUUUUCCAAGUGCAAGUUCGACAGGUAGAGGAUUAUCCUGUGGAUCUCUACUAUUUGAUGGAUCUUUCCCUCUCCAUGAAGGAUGAUCUGGAUACUAUUCGCAACUUGGGAACCAAACUGGCUGAAGAGAUGGGAAAGCUCACCAGCAAUUUCCGCCUUGGAUUUGGCUCUUUUGUGGAUAAGAACAUUUCCCCCUUUUCCUACACAGCACCCAGAUAUCAGAACAAUCCCUGUACUGGUUACAAGCUAUUUCCAAGCUGUGUUCCAUCUUUUGGAUUCCGCCACCUUUUGUCCCUCACGGAUAAAGCUGACAGGUUCAAUGAAGAAGUCCAGAAACAGAAAGUUUCCCGUAACAGAGAUGCGCCAGAAGGUGGCCUUGAUGCAAUCUUGCAGGCUGCUGUGUGUGAGAAGGAGAUUGGAUGGCGGAAGGAGGCUUCUCACUUGUUGGUCUUCACUACAGAUGAUGUCCCACACAUUGCACUGGAUGGGAAGCUGGGUGGAUUGGUGCAGCCACAUGAUGGACAGUGUCACCUAAACGAGGCCAAUGAAUAUAUUGCAUCCAAUCAAUUGGAUUACCCUUCCCUUGCACUUCUUGGAGAAAAACUGGCUGAGAACAAUAUUCACUUAAUUUUUGCAGUGACAAAAAAUCACUAUGUUCUGUACAAGAAUCUUACAGCUCUUAUCCCUGGAACAACAGUAGAGAUUUUAUAUCCAGACUCCAGAAAUAUUAUCCAGCUCAUAGUCAAGGCUUACAAUAAUAUUCGGUCAAAAGUAGAGUUAACAGUCUGGGAUAACCCUGAGGAUAUCAACCUAGCUUUCACAGCCACAUGUCAAGAUGGUUUGUCAUACCCAGGAGUCAGAAAAUGUGGAGAUCUUCAGAUAGGAGACACUGUUUCCUUUGAGGUAAAGGUAGAAGCCCGGAGUUGCCCUGCUGAGAAGACCUCUCAUACAUUCACUAUCAAACCGGAUUGGUUUCGUGACACUUUAGAGGUGAUUGUCACUUACAACUGCACGUGUGGGUGCACCAAGCAGAUUGAGCACAGCAGCAGCAAGUGCAGUGGAAAUGGCACACACGUGUGUGGAUUAUGUGACUGUGACCCAGGCCAUGUAGGAGCCAAGUGUGAAUGCGAGGAAGGGGAGAGCGGGAACAUGUACCAGAACAUGUGUCGCGAAGCUGAGGGGAAACGUGUCUGCAGUGGCCGAGGGGAAUGCUCGUGCAACCGCUGCAGCUGCUACGAGAGUGAAUUUGGGAAGAUCUACGGCUUGUUCUGCGAGUGUGAUGAUUUCUCCUGUCCGAGAUACAAGGGCGUCCUUUGCUCAGGUCAUGGAGAAUGCCACUGUGGGGAGUGCAAGUGCCACGGAGGUUACAUUGGAGACAACUGCAACUGCUCAACGGGGACCGAUGGCUGUCUUUCCAACGAUGGUCAGAUGUGCAGCAGCAGAGGCAACUGCAUCUGUGGGAGAUGCCAGUGUACAGAACCUGGUGCCUUUGGGGAGACUUGUGAGAAAUGUCCCACCUGUCCAGGUGUCUGCAGCACCAAGAGGGACUGCAUUGACUGUAUACUGUUUAACUCAGGAAGGCUGGCUGAUAACCAAACCUGCCAAAAACACUGCAGAGACGAGAUCAUUACUAGAGUGGAUGUACUCCAAACUGAUGAUCCACACUCAAUCUUGUGUGCUUAUCCAGUGAAGGACUGUGUGAUGAAGUUCACCUACUCUGAACUUAGCAGUGGGAAGACCAACAUCACUGUUCUCAAAGAACCAGAAUGCAGCACCACUCCUGAUGCCUGGAUGAUCCUACUAGCUGUGAUAGGCAGCAUUGUGCUCCUAGGCAUUAUUGUUUUGGCAAUCUGGAAGCUGUUAAUCACCAUACAUGACAAGCGGGAAUUCGCCCGAUUCCAAAGUGAGCGUUCCCGUGCAAGAUAUGAAAUGGCUUCAAAUCCUCUUUACCGCAAGCCCAUUUCUACACAUAGUUUAGAUUUCACAUUCAACAAGCUGAGCAGGACCCAUAACGGUACAGUCGAUUGACAGAAUGAUAGAAGCUGGAUGAGAGAAUGGAAUGCUUCAGCUUCAGCAGCACUUCCUAAAUAGGAGACAGAAUCCUCUGCAAUGGGACAAUAUCUUAAAAAGGAGCUUUGGAUGGUAGGAAACAGGUUAUAUUUGCACGUUAAGGACAAAUGGCCAGUGGUCUAUCUUCUCUUCAGAUCUCUAACCCAAAGUCACACUGAUAUACUCCUAAUCCAAUCUCACAGACCUGGAUCUCUUUUGAUGCCUUGGAAGUGCCAGCAGUUUCAACUGUGUGCCAUAUAGCAGCUUCAGCCAUAUCUCAAUAAUGAAGACCCAAUUCAAAGGGACAGUGUUUUACUGACAGUUUUUAGGGAAACAAAUAGCAUUGGAGAAGGGGAUGGAAGCAUUUUUUUUUUAAAAAAGGCUGCUGUUAUACAGUCAUUAGAAUAAAUUUUUAUAAAAAAAUAAAGCAGUUGCAAACAGA